AUGAAAGAAGUUGACACGACUCGAAAAAGUAGCAGAUUACAAAAUUCAAGAUUAGGGAAACAUGUUAACAAUGUUUCCGGAACGGAAUUAAAAAAGUGUACAAAGAAAAAAAAGUCUGAUUUAGGCUCCGAUAGUGAAAUUGAAAAAAUUUCUAAAAAAGUUAAUAAAAUGCCUAAAAGAUCGAAAAUAGAUCAUUCUCAUAAAAGAGGUAAUAAGAAAAUGAGCAACAAUGCCAUAAAUGAUAAAAAAAUGUCUUCUAACGAGGAAGAAAACGAAGAUGAGGAUGAAGAUGGAGAUGUUGAAGAUGAAGAAGAUGAAGGUAAAAAAUCGAGAAAAAGUUCUGAAAGCAACGAUUCAAAAUUUAGUCCAGCCGUUUUAGGAUUACUUAGGGUGGGAGACAAUUUUCCGAAAAAAGAAAAAAAAGAACCUGUUUUAUUAAAUAGAAGAGGAAUGCCUCCUAGAAUUAGAAAGAAAAAUAGAUUGUUUUUCGAUGAAAGUGUUAUUAAUCCUUUAAUGCCAAAGCAAAGAAGCAAAAAAGAUCAUUCUGCUAAAGCGAAAGAGAAAAAUACUACAGCUAAAAAUAAAGUUAAAAUAAAAGUUGAAAAGAAAGAGGAAGUGGAUCAGAAGCCUCAACCUACGGUAACUGAUAUGAAAGCUGGUCAAAAAAUCGGUAUGAGAUUGCGAAAUUUGUUGAAACUUCCCAAAGCUCACAAAUGGGUUUGCUACGAAUGGUUUUACAGCAAUAUUGAUAAGGUAUUAUUUCAAGGGAAAAACGAUUUCAUGAUUUGCCUUCAAGAAUCAUUUCCUCAACUCAAAACAACUUCUUUAACAAGAACCGAAUGGUGUCAAAUCAGAAGGCUGAUGGGAAAACCCAGACGUUGUUCACAGGCAUUUUUCGAUGAAGAAAGGCAAGAACUGGAAAGGAAAAGAACUAAAAUUCGACAGCUUCAACAAAGGAAACUAUCAGAUUUAUCAAGUUGUAAAGAUUUACCCGAUAGAGUUCCUUUACAAUUAACAGUUGGACGAAAAGUUACGGCUCGAUUAAGGAAACCACAGGAUGGACUUUUCACGGGUACCGUUGAUGCAGUAGAUACGAGUAAUAAUACUUAUCGUAUAACAUUUGAACGACCUGGACUCGGAACGUACUCGGUACCAGACUACGAAGUUUUAUCUAACGAAGAGCCGGAUAUGUUUUCCCUUAGUACAUUCAAUAAAAGAUUUCAUAAUCAGCCUAGGUAUUUACCAUCGACGAGAAGUCAAUUGAUUGAAAUAAAAAGCGAAGCCAAAGUUGAUGCCUCACGAUCUAGUUUAGGACAAUUUCCUCUUGCAUUUCUCGAAAUGAUAGUUACUAUAUCGAAAAUAUUAACCGACAAAAAAAAAAUGGUACAAAAAUUAAAGGAAUUAAAUGCGGAAGCGGAAAGGCGUACAAGUUACGGUCAAGAUUUCACGGAGGAUUUUCAAAGAAGAUACGCGACUCUCGUUAUCGAAUUAGAAUUUUUAAACAAGCAUUUGGAAAGGUAUUUAGCGAGCGUACAAAAAUAUUGUCACGAGAUUGCUCCAGAACAAAGUUCAAUAGCAAUGUUGACGCCGUCAUAUUUAAGAGAUAAAAGUAAUGGAGAAGCGAGAGCUUUAGUAGAUAAUUAUUUUCAUCAACCGGAUAAAGAACCCAUUCGUAAUAAAUUUUUGAUCGAACUCGUCACGGAUUUAGUCGCUUUAAUGAUUCAAGUUAAGAGUUUAUCAGACUCGGAUCAAAAUGCCCACGAAUUAACGGUUUUGAAACAAUCGAUGGCUCACAUAAAAAGAAGAAUAUCUCCCGGAAAUCAACUCGUGUUCCAAAACAGCGUUGAAAUACACAUGCAAUACAUGGAAAGCGGUUUGGGUCAACACGGGACUUUAGCACCUUUUUUUCAACAAACGCGACCGCCGACUAAAUAA